AUGAUCAGGGCACUUACUGCCCUCUCCCUGGCCGGUGCGUCGCUGGCUGCCAGUGUCCCUGCCACGGUUCCUGCCGGCGUCCCAGCGGGCUCCCAUUCGCGCCCCAAGAGUCUGCCCUUCCCAGACAUUGCAGCCAUUACGGCCAACACGACGCUGCCCAAGCACAGCCAUGUCGGCCUGCAGCGGGACCAGCCCAAAGGCACUACCGCCUCCUCGUCGCGCCUAGGCCGCCGCGACGACUAUUGCAAGACGCAUGCCUGCGUGGCGUCGCCCACGCUGACCUGGGGCGACGCCGACAACGGCGGCAAGGGUAUCCACAUUACCAACGCGGGCAGCGACUGGCGCGGCUUCUACAUCUUCCAAAACUGCUGCGACCUGGUGCCGUACAAGUACAUUUGGAUCGCCGCCGGCGAGACGCAGUUUGUGACGCUGCCCGGCGACUUCCAGGGCCGCAUCCAGCGCGGCGUCGACAGCACCAUGCUCAGCGGCCAGAGCAACCUGCUGGGCACCUGGUUCGAGUUCAGCUGGGACGCCAACGGCGCCGGCUGGGCCGACAUCUCGCUGAUCCGCGGCUGCGACGGCGCCGCCCUCAUCUGGGACACGGACAACGGCAACGAGUGGAUGGGCUUCACGCAGUGGAUCCUGGACGGCGCGCCCACGGGCGCCUACGACAUGAAGAACGACGGCCAGUGGGUCCUGGCCGCGUCCGAGGCGCUGGGCAACCCGGCCGACGUCAACACCCUUGUGCGCGACUGGUACAUCCAGCAGGUCGGCACCGACCGCGUCUAUGUCGACGACUGGCACGGCAACGGCGCCGUCAUGGAGUCGCCCACCGGCCGCAUCUCCUCGUACUGGCCCGAGGGCCGUGCCUAA